AUGUCUAAGAACUUGGCGGCGUAUUUUAGCAAAGACAUGGGACAGCAUUCUGCAAGCGACAGCCCAGAGGAUGAAGACAUGGGACCGUCUGUAUCUAUGGCGGUGGAAGCGGAGGAUGAUGACCAUUUCAACAGGUCGACUUAUAAUCUGAAGAGAACGCGGUCGAUGGGAUUGCUGGACGAGUACAUCGAUCCCACAAAGAAGCUGCUGGGCCAAGGGGGCUCUCCAGACGAUGAUACAGAAUCAGAGCCCGAGGAAGAAGAGACAGAGAAGACAAUUGGGACAGCACAGCCAUCAGAGUCGACUUCACCCCCCAUUCCCGACACCGACAACUAUUUGAUACCCCACGAUGACAAUGACAUAGUACACGAGCCCAAAAGGCAUGUGGACUAUUUGUCGCACAAGUGGGACGAGUCUGAGAUCUCGCAGUCUUGGAAAUACAUUAUUUUGAAGAAAAAGAAAAAAGACGAGGAUCUGGUGAAUGCAGCGAGACUUGAGAAUGCCUCCUGGAGAACGUGGGCCAAGGCAAGAAACAACCUUAAAACCGUGAGCCCCGAAGUGGUGAACUGGUCGAAAGAUUCAGAUGUCACUUGGCUCUACGGCCCUAUAGUACGCAAAACAGGAGAUGCAGUAGCGACAACGAACCAGGAGUUCGGCUACGGUUCAGACGACGAAACAUCCAAGAGAGUUCCAACAAAAAAGCCCAAAAAGAAGUCAGGCCCAAAACCAAUCUUGAAAAAGAGAACUGUGUCAGAGAUCAUAGAGGAAAACUCGCUUUGGAGAUUGAACGUCGCAAGACAGCAUAGGAAGCAACUAACGAAUGCAUCACCGGUAAUCGACGGAUAUGGUAGCACGUAUGCGCCCGACGACUACGAUGCUAUCGCAGCCAAGGUCAAUGCACAGUAUUAUGCUUCAUCGCCACAUAACAAUCCAGAAGAAGAACCCCCUUCUCAGUUCGGGGCUCACCAAACCUUGACCUCAGGUUCACCGGUCGCGUCUGUGAAAGAGGAAAAAUUUGAUGAUUCAGCUCCACCCUCUAUAUUAACAUCCAGCGGAAAAACAAAUAAGAGUAGUGGCGAGCAAAAAGAUAGACACAUCCAUUUCAACGACCGAGUGGACCAAUGCAUGGCUGUUAAUAUACACCCUGAUGACGAUAAUGAUUAUGAUGAUAGUAUGGACGACGAAAAAGACAUCGACAACCACGAGUAUUCGUUGACAAUGAAUAAGACCAAAGGAACCUCUGCAAAGGCAAAUGGUCGUUACGAUUCUGAUUCCGAUGAAGACUACGACUCUUCUUCCGAUGAUGAUGAUGAGGGCGGACUAUUCAUCAGUGCUAGGUUUGCUAGAAAGAAAGAUGGAAUUCAAACGCCAUCAGACAUUUCCUCAGCGGGCUCUUCAACCGCCCCAAGUGGCGAGCCCAUAACCCCAAUUAUCAAACUUCUGCCUGCUACAACACUUAACUACGGAUCUGAUGAUGACGAAUAUGAGGAAGAUGAUGAUUAUGGAAGAAAUGCAGAAUCGCACAACGUUAAUACAUUUAGGGGUUAUGAUUACAUGUAUGAUUACAAUUCAGUUUACACUGGGGACACGUCAAGUUUCAUGGCGGUUAACAACUGCGACAUGGUUGAUGUGCCAGAAGGAUUACAGACGCCCAUAGAAGAACAACAAAGCCCUCGUUUCCAGCAAAGUCAAGAAACUUCAAAACAACUGCCGAAUAAUUUUCCAAGUGGCAAAACUAGAGGUGGCUUUAACUUUGAUAAUGAUAGUGACUCUUACGGAUCCGAUGGCGAUUCUGAGUUUAUCGAGGACUCUCGAAUGAAGAGUAGCGAUGACGAUGAUGAUGAUGAAGAAGAGAAAGAGGACGAAGAGGAGGAGAUCGAGGACUUGCCACCUCUGAGAAGAACUCCAACGAUUGGUGCUUCCAGCACCGCUUUAGUACCAGACAUUGACGACCUCAGUCCUGCAAUUCCCCAGACACAUAGCUUCAUCACGGGCAAACCAUUGAGUCAAACAACUCAGAAGGCACCAGUGAGGCCCCCAGGUGCAAGGAUGCCUCCAAAAUCUGGCUCAGGAAGUUUCAUUUUAGAUUCAGACUCUGAAGAUGAUUCAGAUCGGGAUUCAGAUCAAAGUAUUAUUGCAAGCGAGAAUGUACAAGAUGCACAUUCAACUGCGCAAGAUGAUCUUUUCAACAACACUAAGAGCACUAAUGCAAAAGCGCAGUUCUCAAUUCCUACGUCGGGAACUUCAAUUUCAUCUGUGGCCAUUCCAAAACCGCAGAGGGUGUCUAGUGGCUCUCCUGUUGCUAGAGUGAGUUCCGGAAACUCUCAAGCAUGUCUAUCUGAUGUGGCAAUUUCAGGCUACAUUUCUCCACGCAACAAUUCUAUGCAGUCAGUUGUGGCUGGCAAGAAAAUGGUCGAGAGCACCUCACCCGACGUUGAACGUAUGAACAAAAAUUUGGAAAACUACCACAUCGACACAAAAAAGGAUGACGAAGAUCGUGAAAGCAACGAAAGCCUACAGAAAAUGAUGUCUUCGGCUAGAGACAUUGCAAGUAAAUAUUUACAUUCAUGGAAGAAAUAG